AUGCGUUUUAUAGGGGUACUGGAACAUUUGGCUGAGAUUAUUCAGAAUGGUCCAGACGAACUGAUUGGCGAAAUUGUCAAUAUCAGGAUUGCCUGGCCCGCUGUGAUAACCAUGUUAACAAGCCAACCAGACGAGCAUUUCCGUAAUCAUCUCUUCUCACUUCUUAUGCACAUUUUGAUGGUAUAA